AUGGAGAUUGAGGAGAAGCGGCUCUCACUGUGGCUGCCAAGCUGUGUGUGGGUAAACCUGGGCCCCACAGGCAGGUAUGAUCUGUCUUCUUUCUUCUGCCCGACUGGAUUCUUAGUCUUGCUCUCCUUUUAUGCCCUUCACCACAACCCAAAGAUAUGGCCAAACGCAGAGGUGUUUGACCCUUCCCGGUUUGCACCGGGUUCCUCUCAACACAGCCAUGCUUUCCUGCCCUUCUCAGGAGGAUCAAGGAACUGUAUCGGGAAGACUUUUGCCAUGAACGAGAUGAAGGUGGCAGUGGUCCUGACCCUGCUCCGCUUUGAGCUGGCACCACAUCCUUUUAAGGUCCCUGUUCCCACUCCAAGAAUUAUGUUGAUGUCCAAGAAUGGGAUCUACCUGCAUCUCAGGAAGCUCCUCUAA